AUGAAUCAAUUCUUAAGGACGAAACUAUUAAAUGAAGUUGAAGGUUCAUGUACAGGUAAAUUUGGUUAUAUAAUGUGUGUUUUAGAUUGUAUGAGUAUUGAUAUUGGUAAAGGUAAAAUUAUUCCAAGUGAUGGUUCAGCAGAAUUUGAAGUUAAAUAUAGAGCUGUUGUUUGGAAACCAUUUAAAGGUGAAGUUGUUGAUGGUGUUUGUUCACAAGUUAGUAAAUUAGGUUUUUUUGUUGAUGUUGGUCCUUUAUCUGUAUUUGUUUCAACUCAUUUAAUACCUUCAGAUAUGUCAUUUAAUCCAAGUUCAAAUCCUCCAGCUUAUCAAUCUGAUGAUCAAGUUAUAGAAAAGGGAAGUAGAGUUAGACUUAAGAUUGUGGGGACAAGAGCUGAUGUUAAUGCUAUUUAUGCUAUUGGAAGUAUAAAGGAAGAUUUCUUAGGUGCUUUAUAA